AUUGAAAUGCGAAUCAAAAGGAAAAAUAAUUAAUUUUUUUUAUUGUUUUCGUUAAAGUAGAGAAGGAACAAUGGUUACAGAGGAAGUAUUAAAAGAGCAAUUUCAGAUUUUGGGUUGCAAAAUAGAAAGUGACGAAGCUUUAAAAAAGUGCAUUGAAUUGUGUUAUGAAUUCGGAAAAGAUGAAGAACAAAUUGUGGAAAUGUGGGCAGCAUUCAGCAUUUCAAAGUUUAAUAAUAUUGAUCUUACACUUGAUGGUAUUCAGCAAUUGGAAAGAGCCGAACGCAUUAAACCCAAAGAAAAGUCUCCUUUGAAGGAGGUCGUCUGCGAUUCUCCAUUGUCAGCUGAUGUAAAUGAUGACGAAAUUCUACAGCUUUAUGGUUACAAGACACCAAGUACACCAACAAAUUCUAAGAGGCAAAGGAGUCCGCAUUUUGGAAAUUCUGGACCGGACAAUAAGGUUUUCGCUAUAGAAACUUUUUCCCCAAGUACACCGAGUCGUUACAGUUCAAGAACUGGACCUGGGAAAGUUACGGUUACUUUUGGAGAAAAGCGUGCAGUAUGGAAGAGUCAGAAGCAAUUUAAAGUGAACAUAAAAAUGGCUGAUUUUCAAGCGCAUAUACCAAGCGAUGCUAUGUACAUGUUCGACGUUGUCUCCGAUGGAACCGUUCAACGAGCAGUUACUUACAUGAAACUGGGAAAGGAAAUAUGCAAAAGGUGGGAAAAAAUAAAGGAAAAUAAACUGCUGUGUACGCCGGACGUGAGAACUAUUAGCCAAACAAAUUUUGUAACCUGGGGACGAAUUCGUUGCGACAUGCAUGGAAAGUUAAACAAAGUAUCAACAGAAUUGGAAGGGAUUUGCUUUUAUCAUGAUCAAAUUGGUGAAAAGAGAAUCAAGUCAAGUAUUGUGCCGAUAAAUUUAACUCAAGUUUCGGAAUAUUCUAUUUUCCCCGGUCAAAUAAUAGCAAUGGAAGGCGUGAACAUGUCAGGGAAUGUACUCGAAGUAAAAAAUGUUUUCUCCGCUGGAUACGCUGAACCUGCAGAUACUCCUAAUCUAACAAACGAUAUCAUAAUAACGGUUGCGGCUGGACCGUUUACUUCAAUUGACAAUUUGAACUACGAACCUUUGAUGAAUCUUCUGGAGCGAAUAAAGGAAGAAGAGCCACAUGUUCUUAUUUUAAUUGGGCCAUUCGUUGAGUAUACACAUCCGCUGAUUGAAAAUGUACAUGAUUUUGGAACACAUCAGGAUUUAUUCGAAAAAAUGAUCAGUACCGUAAUGGAGAGUCUAAACGAGAAAUGCACUCAAGUAGUAAUCGUUCCUUCGUCUCGAGAUGCUCAUCACGAACCAAUUUAUCCGACUCCGAAUUAUUACUUACCAAGAUCGAUUUCAAAUUUACACUCCAUGCCAGAUCCUUGUGUUUUAGACAUCGAUGGAUUAACGAUUGGAAUUACUGCUGUUGAUAUUUUCAAACAUCUUGGCAAUGAAGAAUUGAGUUCGAAUUCUAUUAAACUCAGUAAAUUGCACCGUGUAGCCAAUCACAUUUUGUCGCAAGCUUGUUUCUAUCCACUGUAUCCGCCAGCUGAAGAGGUGAACGUAGACACUAAUCUUUGGAAGAAUUACGCCUUCAUGAAGAAACAACCUCAUAUUUUAAUUCUGCCAUCUGAUAUGGGAAAUUUUUGUAAAUCUAUAAAUGGAUGCGUAGUUAUAAAUCCACAACGAUUGUGCAAGCAUUCCUUUGCUAGGAUGCAUAUUAAUUCUUCAAAAGAACAAAAAUGGGACCAAAGUCACAUUACUUGUGAAAUUUUAAAAGUAUAAAAUCAUUCGAAAAUUUAAUUAUUUGGAAUAAAAACAUUACUAAUAUCAAUUAAUUCAAGCAAGAACUGUAUUAUGUAAAAUAUUAUUUUUCUUGUUAUUUUUAUAUUUGUACAUUUUAAAAGUUAAGGAACUUAAAUAUAUAUAUAUAUAUUUUUUAAUUUAAAAUUAAUAUUUUCUUUAUGUUAAGACCGUUUUAUUGUAAUAAAUAUAAACACCUAAUACGAUGUUUUACUGAAUUAAUGUUUCAUAAAGAACACUUUGAUGAAAAAUAGAAAUAGAUGCAUAAUUUGAUGGGCAGUUUUACAGUUUUAAAGUUACAGAAAAGAGAAAUGUCAAACUUUUUAAAAUGACAAUUUAAAUAAAAGAAAUUUAUUAUUACAUUGUAUUUUGACAUGUAAAAUAUUUUUUCAAAGGUAGGUAUGUUUUAGAAUCUAUUGAUUCGGGUAAAAGUUAUUGCCAUUUGAAAAAUAUAUGCUACAAAAAAAUUGAGCCCCUGAUAACAUGGGAACCACGCAUUACACAGACCUAAAAUCCUAUCAUAAAUAUUUGUUUUUAUGUGUACUUUAACAUAUUUCUUUGACAAAAAAACAAAAUUUGUUUGGGAUGCUUCUUUUCAUUAAAUUAAAUAAAAAGUUAUACGAAACAUAAA